UCUCUGCAUGUUUGUAAAGGGACGCAGGAUAGCUAGUUACAUCCUUUACAGGUUGGUCGUUAGCCCGGCAGCUUAAUUAAAGUAUGGCGGGUUAAAGGUGUAUUGUAGAGAUUACAUUCCCGUGUUUGUUUCGCUGCAUCUGUUUCUGUUGUUUUUUUGCGCUGCAGUUCCAUCUUAAGCUUCAUUUUGUGUGUAAGUUGAAUUUAACCUUCCGUAGCGAGGCGGUGGCUAAUGCUAACCUCAUCAUCUGGUGUAAUUAUCGUCACUUGAUCUGUAAUUUUUUUUUUUAAGUUUACAGCCACACAAUCGGCACUGUUGUCUGGUUAAACAAGCGGAAGGAAAUUCGGACUUUUUUUUUGGGUUUGUGUUUGUUUUUUUUGAAAGCAAACAUGUCAGGCGCUAACGGAGGACAGACAAGCGCGGUUGAUGAGGUUCACAACCAAGAAAACAUGCCGGGGAGGCAGAGAGGGGCCCUCAAAGCCCGGGUUCCUGCAUCGGAAAACCAAGAAAACCUUCCUCCGAAAGCCUCGACCCGCACCGUGCUGGGAGCCCUGCAGAACAACCAGAGGAGCAAAGCGCAGAACCAGCGCGGCACCAAGCAGGAAUCCACAUCGCAAUCCUUGUCGUGUAAAAAUGAGGAGAAUGGCAAGAGCUGUUAUGACAAGGUUUUCUCCAAGCAGCCCUCUUUCCAGAUCCAUGUGGAUGAGCCUGAUGGAGCCUGUGCUAAGAAGCAGGUGGCUCCCAAAGUCAAGCCGGUAACAGAGGAAGACUCUCCCCUGACAAUUGACCAUGCUGUGGCGCGGCUCAGGCAACCCCUUGCCACCAUUGAUGUGCCAUCAGCCAUGGAUGUUAGUUUUGGCUCUCCCAUGGACAUGUCUGUGGUCGAGGGGGAGGAGAAACCUGUCAAUGCAAAUGAGGUCCCAGACUAUGCUGCUGAAAUUCACACCUACUUAAGGGAAAUGGAGAUGAAAAGCAGGCCUAAAGCAGGCUACAUGAAGAAACAGCCUGAUAUCACCAACAGCAUGAGGGCCAUCCUGGUAGACUGGCUGGUUGAGGUGGGAGAAGAGUACAAACUCCAGAAUGAGACGCUCUAUCUGGCCGUCAACUACAUCGAUCGCUUCCUGUCCUCAAUGUCCGUCCUGAGGGGGAAGCUCCAGCUGGUUGGCACUGCUGCAAUGUUGUUGGCUUCGAAAUUUGAAGAGAUCUACCCCCCAGAGGUGGCAGAGUUUGUUUACAUCACGGAUGACACCUACACCAAGAAGCAAGUGCUGAGGAUGGAACAUCUGGUGCUCAAAGUGCUCUCCUUUGAUCUGGCAACCCCAACAAUUAACCAGUUCCUCACACAGUACUUCCUCAACCAGCCAGUUAACAAACAGGUGGAGAGCCUGGCGAUGUUCCUUGGCGAGCUCAGUCUGAUUGAUUCAGAUCCCUUCCUGAAGUAUCUGCCAUCACAGACAGCUGCUGCAGCCUUCAUCGUGGCCAAUCACACAGUCACCGGCGGCUCAUGGCCAAAGUCCAUGUCAGAGAUGACCGGCUACUCCCUGGAUGACCUGAUGCCAUGCAUAGAGGAUUUGCACAACACUUACCUCAAUGCUGCUCAGCAUGCCCAGCAGGCUGUCAGGGAAAAGUACAAGAGCUCAAAGUACCAUGAAGUCUCCCACAUCGACCCUCCAGCUAAACUGUUGCUGAACUAAUUUUUUGCCCCUUCCCAUGUGCACAGGCAGACUUGUGCCAGACUUUUUUAUAUAUUUUUUUCAUCCCCAUUUGUCUUUAAACAUCGUCUCACUAGAGUUCCAAUAAGGUGUAUCAGCCAUUCUUCUUGGAGUGGACCUGGACAACUAGAGGUUUUAAUGCUAUUUUUAUAUAUGCAGUCCUGAAGGACUGAUCUUAAUAUCUGACGCUCCAGUGAGUUUCAUAACCUAGUAAAUCAAGCAGUUUUGAUGUUUGUCUUUUAAUCACAAGACAAACAUUAAGUUCUCUGUAAUGCCACAUUCUGUAAGAGUGGAUCUUUUCUCUGCAGUCAUAACUUUUUUUAAAUAAACUGUAAAUAUAUUCAGACCCAGAUAACUUUUUUUUUUUUUUUUUUUUCCAAAAGAGCUGAGUGGUUGAUCUCUUGAGCACAGUUAUAUAUUUUGCCUAGGUUUACCCUCUAAAUCACCUGACCUCAUGGGAUACAGGACAAAGCAGCUGCAUUUGUCUAUGAAUCACCUGCAUCAUUAAAUGGGUGUCUUGGAAGUUCAUCACUUAUCAAUCAAGGCAUCUUCUGCUCUGUAAGAUAGCUCUUGUAAAUAAAUUUCAUUUGGUAAGACUU